CGGGCCGAGCCGGGCCGAGCCGAGCCGAGCCGAACCGGGGGUAGAGCGGGGCCCGCAGGCGGGCAGAGAUGGCGUCGCAGCCGCCGCCGAAGCCAUGGGAGACCCGGCGGCUGGCGGGAGCCGUGGCGCCGGCCUUCCAAUCUGCUGACUUGGGUGACAACCUGCCGACCAGACCUGGACCACCCACAGUUGCCCGAAUACCUCCACCUAUUUUGCCAAGACCAUCACAGCAAACGGGCAGCAGUAGUCUGAACACUUUCAGGCCAGCAUAUAGUAGUUCUUUUUCUCCAGGCUAUGGUUCAUAUGGAACCUCUUUUUAUGGAAACUAUAGUCCUUACAGUUAUGGAUAUGGUGGUUUGGGUUAUAACCGCUUUCGUGCAGAUGAUAUUCCUCCCAGCAGGUUUGUUCAGCAGGCUGAAGAAAGCAGCAGAGGUGCAUUUCAGUCCAUUGAAAGUAUUGUGCAUGCCUUUGCCUCGGUCAGCAUGAUGAUGGAUGCUACCUUUUCAGCUGUAUACAACAGUUUCAGAGCUGUGUUGGAUGUAGCCAAUCACUUCUCCCGCCUCAAAGUACACUUCACAAAGGUUUUUUCAGCUUUUGCUUUAGUGAGAACUAUAAAGUAUCUCUACCAACGCCUUCAGAGAUUACUAGGUCUGCGGAAGAGCUCUGAGAAUGAGGAUCUGUGGGCUGAAAGUGAGGGGACUGUGGCUCGUGUUGGCCUUGAAGACAAGGCGGCUAACUCUGCAAAAUCCUGGCCUAUUUUCUUGUUCUUUGCGGUUAUAAUGGGAGGUCCCUAUCUCAUUUGGAAACUGCUUUCUACUUACAGUGAUGAAGAAACAGGAUCUAGUAAUUGGGCGAGUGGAGAAGAUGACCAUGUAGUUGGAAGAGCAGAAUAUGACUUCAAUGCUCUCUCAGAAGAAGAAAUUUCUUUCCGUGCUGGUGACAUGCUAAAAUUAGCACCCAAAGAACAACAACCCAAAAUCCGUGGUUGGCUUUUGGCUAGUUACGAUGGCCAAACAACAGGACUUGUGCCAGCUAAUUACAUCAAAAUCCUGGGCAAAAGAAGAGGUAGGAAAACAGUGGACCUGGAAAGGAUUACAGAACAACGGCAAGCGUUUCCCAGCACAUCAGUUAGAGGAUCCACUGCUACUGUGACUUUAGAGGAGCAGGAAGCUGCUUUUGAUUCUGUUUUUGCUGGAAGUAAUAAAGUUCCUGUUGCAUCUGACUCCACCGUGGUUAGUGGAGAGAAGCAGGAACUCUAAUGCACUUUCAUCAACAAAGCAGGUGGACUGUGCUUUAUUGAUUAAAAUGUAAGGUUUGUUGAAAAUUGGUAUUGUAGUGAAACACUGAUGGGUCUGUACCAGUUACUGCUGCUACUGACUGGUGAAGGGGUGGAGGAAUGAUUGCUCAAAUUAGUAGUAUUUAUUUUUGACUCACCUAAGGCUGUACAUUAGUGAUUCUACCCAAACCACCUGGUAACUCUAAAGAUCUUGAGACAGGGAGAAUUGAAGCAUUUAUAACAAAGCAAAUAAACAGCAAAAGAGACUUCUGGCCUAUUCUUGUGAAGGAGACAAACUGUAGGUGAAAUCUGGAGAUUAACAUUUAGUCUUCAUUGGAAUGUUAGCUUGACAAGAGGCCUCUCCAAUAGAGGUGCAAAGGGAAGACAGAUUUCUGUAGGGUGUCCUCAAAAACUGAAUUCUGAGGACCAUACAUAGUAAUAGUGCAUUGUUUCCCCCUGCAAGGAGGGAGAAUUGCAAGAGACACAACUGAAUCAUUAGAAAUUUUGAGUUCCGUGCUUUUUUGUAAGAAGCAGGGCUUCUGUCAUAAAGACCUUAGUUCUUAUUAAAGUGGGACUUGUGAGAAAGGGAGGAUAAAUAUGGUUUACACAGGAAGAGCAGUGAGGCUUCAGCAGUAGUCCUAACCAAUUCUCUUUUGUUUAUUAAAGGAACAUUAGAAUAAAGGGUAUCCUGCAGCCAGGCACCUUGCAGUGCACUUAGUAAUCGUUAUUUCUUUCUGUGGUAAAGUAACUUUGCAUCACUCACAGCUGUUUUAUGUUGAAUCUGAUAACUGCCGAUUAAUAGUCUUAUCACCUGCAGUCUUCAUCUCAGCUUGUUUCUGUUCUUUAUUGAUCUUAUAUGAAUGUCAAAAUAUCUAUCCUGCCUUUAAGUGCAGUAGGAAACCAUUGGGUUGGGUGAAGUUUAAGGUAAUUUGAGUGGUAAAGAAGAAGUAACGUUUCUUGUUUACUUGUCUCAGUUAGCCAAGGUCUUGGAGUUAACUCUUUAUGCUGCCUUUCAGGUGGUAGAUUUUGCGACUGCCCAUAAGAGCUGAGGGCUCUGGUUUAUCAAAAGCCAUAAAAACAUUGAGACUGCUCACAGUAUUUAGUGUUUUCUUCAUAUUUGUGUUUGAGGAUUCUCUCUUGAAAUACCACUGGGUUUUUUUUUCCUAAUGAAGCAAGAAUAAUUAACACUUUUUGCCUAGUAGUAGAUAACAUCUUGAGCUUCUGAAGGUUAGAGCAAUGGGUAAAAAAAGUAAAGCUUGUCUUAAUCAUUAAAAUAGCUUUUCUUUGUUUAUGUUAAAGCUACUUAAAAGUAUUAGGAACAGUAGGGCAUGUGCCUUUGCUUAACUGAUCCAGUAGUUUCAGUUUGACUGUUCCUACAGAGAUCUUCAAUACCCAUUGUGGUAGCACAGCUUUCAGUAUUUAUACCUUAAUUGCAUUUGCUGGCCUUGAGUUCUUAGAAUUCUCUUCAUCGUGACAAAACUCUGACAAGGAAAAUUGAGGUGAGCACAGUUUUAUUGAGGUAGAGUGGCUGAAAAGACCAAUAUUGUGCUGCAACCUAGGAUUUUAAAGUAAUCUCUGAAUGCCUGUUAAUAAUGACAUCGAGAAUUUAAGCAGUUGUGCUCAGGUAUUGGGAGAUGGUGCAAAGAAUCCUUUUUACUAGAUUGUUAGAUCCUCAAAUGCGGAGAGAAAGCAAAGAGUAGUUAAAGGGCAAAUGGGGAACUUGGAGCUAGGCUUAAAACAGAAUAUGUUCCUGAGACAUUUCCCUGUGUCCCAGGGCAUUGAAGAACAUUACCUAUAUUUUUAUUUCAACAAGUGUUGUUUAAAUAAAAAUAUAGUUUGCUGUUGAAAUGAAACCAGCAAACAAUCCUGAAAUGUAAAACAGAUAGAGGGGAGAAGGGGUGGAUCAGGUGUAUGUACAAUUCUGUUUACAGUGUGUAUUCCGGGAGGGAAUUAAUUUACUAUGGUAAGAUUUAAUUAGUGGACUCUUGGCCUCUCUUGUGUCAGUGCAAGAUUCAGUAAGAGGAAGGGUCUUUUAAAAGAAUGAAUAAUUAAACCCCUAAGUUUUUGUAGAGUAUCUGUUCACAUAAACUUCUGUUUCCCAGCUUAGAACAAGUCAAGAAGACAGUAUCAUGUUUGGUGGAAUCUUUAAAUCUUAUUUUUUAGAAAGAUGAGUGUAAUUUCAACUUCAGAUAAUAUUAAUUUGAAAACUAUUCUUUUAGUAGGAAGAUAGAUUAUUAAUAACUUAACUGACUUGUCUUUAUCAUAGUUUGACUUAGUCUACCAAUCACUGUCAUAACUGUAUCUGCUAAAUCUUCACAAGAGUUUUUGAUCCUUUCAGUCUUGCUAUUAAUGGGAAAUGAAGGCUCUGGGGAAAUGAAGUUAUUUAGCUCACAGCUAAUUGUACUGAUUGCAGAAGGGUAUUAAAAUCCAUUGAAGUAAAAUAUA